UGUGUGUGUGUGUGUGUUUGUGUUUGUGAACCUUACAAUGCUAUAUGGACAUGUUAUCAUAAUAAUACCGAAACUGCAUUUUCAUUUUUCAAUUUUUAAAAAUGUUUAUGCAUCAACAAAUUAAGUAGCAAACUCUUCCUCUGAUGAAUGAACAAACUUUAAGGGCAACACAGAUUCAUACUGUUAUACUUUCUACUUUCAAACAGUUUUCUUGGACCCUAUUUUAUUCAGUUUCAUUUUAUUUUUCAUUUAUCAAAAAAAUAAUUAUAAUAGUCUAUCUUAUUACCUCAUAAUUAUUAUAAAUAUUAACAUAAUGGGUCUGAACAUCCUGUCCAAAACUACAUAGUGCCUCUUUAAGGGACUCAAAUCUCUGUUUGGUGGAGAAAGUCGACUAUUGUCCUCUUAAAGACACAGCGUGUGUUCGCGCGCUCUCGCAGCUGCAGGAAGGGUGCGUAUGACUUUAAAGCCACAUGACAGUUCACGGUGGGGAAAGUGGGCUGUGUGUGUGUGUGUGUGUGUGUGUGUGUGUGUAUGUGUGUGUUGCUUUUUGGGGCUACAGCAUUCUCAAACCCCGCUGUCGACCUUUGGAUCUCGGAGCCGCGGGGCGGGUAGGGCAGCUCCUCCGUACACGCUGGCAAUUGGCUGCGCUCCUAUCUUGUGUCUUCAGCCGCUUCCUUCCUGCACAUCGUGGCUCAAACUCAGACGAACCCACACACACAUACACACAGACAGACACACACGUUCUCGCACGCGCGCGCUAUGUGGCGUGAGUGCGCGCGAUGCCGCUGGAGCCCAAAGUCCCACUGGUCCGUGGCGCCGUCUCUUAUCGAAAUGUUUGAAGAUUAACGAGAUUGUCCGAGUCCUGUAGAGCACAGGCUACUGCCAGCGGUACCCUGCAGGCCAGCAGCGCAGACAGAGCGGGCGGACGGCGUGUCUAGAACGGACUGGGAGGACAGAAGUCACCGCUGUAACUGCUGGAUCGGACUGCUGCACCGCCCGGAACCAUGACCGAGAAGCGGAUGUCGCGUUGGUAUUUCGGAGGGCUGGCGUCGUGUGGAGCCGCCUGCUGCACGCAUCCUCUGGAUCUCAUCAAGGUGCACCUGCAGACCCAGCAGGAGGUGAAGAAGAGGAUGGUGGGGAUGGCGCUUCAUGUGGUGAAGACCGACGGGGUGCUGGCUCUUUACAAUGGCCUCUCUGCCUCGCUUUGUAGACAGAUGUCCUAUUCACUCACCAGAUUUGCCAUCUAUGAGACAGUGAGGGACAUGAUGGGCAGCACAGGCCAGGGCCCCAUGCCCUUUUACCAGAAGGUCCUGCUGGGAGCCUUCGGAGGUUUCACCGGUGGGUUUGUCGGCACGCCAGCAGACAUGGUGAAUGUCAGGAUGCAGAACGACAUGAAACUACCACCAGAACUGAGGAGAAACUACAAACAUGCCAUCGACGGGCUCUACAGAGUCUUCAGAGAAGAGGGUGUGAGGAGACUGUUCUCAGGAGCCACCAUGGCCUCCAGCAGAGGAGCGUUGGUCACUGUGGGACAGUUGGCGUGUUACGACCAGGCCAAGCAGCUCGUCCUGGGAACAGGCAUGAUGGGAGAUAACAUACUCACACACUUUCUGUCCAGCUUCAUUGCCGGAGGCUGCGCUACAUUCUUGUGUCAACCUCUGGACGUGCUGAAGACGAGGCUGAUGAGCUCAAAGGGAGAGUACACGGGGGUGUCGCACUGCUUGCGUGAAACUGCCAAGCUGGGUCCGCUGGCGUUUUACAAGGGUCUCGUCCCCGCAGGGAUCCGCUUGGUCCCUCACACGGUUCUCACCUUCAUCUUCCUCGAGCAGCUCAAGAAGUACUUCGGCAUUCGCAUCAUCUCCUGAGCGUGCCCUUUGACCGGCCACUCUUCGACCACCCCCCGUCACUGCCGCUCACAGUGCCCCAUCAUCGCUCUGCUCUUGGCAUUUAAAAGAACACAAGGGAACAAAAGGAGCCGUGCACAGCUUAUCGCAGGCUUGUGCAUGUUUCCUUCUCCUUUUGCGCUACCUCUUAUCUCACUACCAUGACUCUGACUAUUAUGAGAACUUCUGGAAGGGAUGAAUACUGGAAUCAACAGACCAUCUCCUUCUGUCACUACAGAUGAUCAGUAGGAUGCUAAGAAAAGAAGAUGCCAUGUGAAGCUGCUGCUCUGGGGUUCUUAGAAGAGAGGACAUUAGAAGUAGCUCUAGCAGAUGUUUGAUAGAGUUGUCCAGUUUAAUUUCAGGUACGGUUAGCAAACGUACGAAUGAGACGUUUUUGAGAUUAAGUGUUCAUUUUGAUUUAAGGAACAAUUCAUCUGUCACGUUGACGGCAGACUAAACAAUGACUUCAGCUAAUUCCAGACCAGAUUUUGUGAUUUAUGCAGUGCUCGCGCCUUGGUCAGCGUCUUCACAGCCCUCGAUUUACAGUGACUGAGGCUUAUAAAGUUUGCGCCAGAAAUGUGUUUCCUUUUUCGUCCUUUACAAAACUUUUAUUGUUGUCAUACAAACUCGAUUCCAAAACCGUUGGGAUGCUGAAUAAAUCAUAAAUAAAAACAGAUUGACGGUUUUACAAAGUGUUCCGGGGCCCAUGCGGAGCCCAAAGUGUGAAAGCUGUGAGGUUCAGAUCGGCCCACCAGAUGUUUCUAGAGAACAAAUCUAUAUUUAAAGGCAAAAUAUACAAGAAUUUUAGUGGGAAGCGUGAAAAAAAAAAUCUGAAAUUGUCAACGGAACGGCCUGGCCUGUCCUGGUCUAAAACUCCUGCACCCACACUUCUCAUGGUGCUCCUGCUCACAGUCUGGACCACCAGCUGGACUGCGACCUGAGUUAACCCAGCAUUUGGCGCUGACUCUGUUGAAAUGCUGCCCCCUGUUUGCUCUAACUAUGAAUUCCAUAGGUGGCAAAAUUCUUCCAUCUUACAUAUUGCGACUUUUAAAUAAUUAGGAUAUAAAUGUCUGUUUAUGCUGUUUUAUUUUGUGUGGGAAAAGUUCUUGCAGGAGUGACACUUUUUUUUUUUUUGUCAGCUGGGAUCCUUGUACCAUGCUGCAUCUUAAAAAGAGUUUAGACCAGGUGGCCCAGACCUGCUGUUAAGUUGCAGGUUCUGGCCCUCAAAGGGAGAAAGUUCGGGCUCCCCUGUUUUAUACACUCACGUGUCUCACAAAGCUGUGAACCUCACCUCAUCCCUGCUUGUGAACAACCGAGCCUUUCGAGGGUGCCCCUUACACAAUGACAAUGCCAAGUUGAAGAGGUAAAACAUUGAAAUAUGUUGUCUUGUUCUCUACUGUUUUUAAUUGUGUUUGUAUCAGAAGGAUUAGCAAAUGAUCUGUUUCCUUUAUGUUUUGCACAGCGUCCCAACUUCAGUGGUAGAGAAUGCCAACAAACACAGUGUAGCCUUGUCAGCAGUGCCAUUCUUUUCCAGAGGCGGUUUCUUUAACAUGUCUGAACAGACUGGUACUCAGUCAGAUAGAAACCAUUCCCAACAAAUGUGGUGACCAAAUAUGAUGCACCCUGAAUUUAGCAGAGAUGAUUUAUUGUUUUUCCUUUUUCUUUGCUAAUUUAACAUUUUAGAGCCGGAAAUAAAUACUAGCAGGUCAAAGUGUUGUUAACUUUUACCAGAUUCUCCUUGACGUCAUUCCAAUCCUCUUUCAUCAUUUCAAUCUCAAAGCUUUUGGAGAAGACAACCAAGCACAUUUGUUUCUUUUCUUUUUUUUUAAAUAAGGCAGGAGUUCAGGGGGAAGCUGUGAAGCAGAGAGAGUCGAUGGUGGCAGUAGUGGCUCUUCUCGUUGUUUCCAGUCCCAGUGAAAUUCUGUGCGACCACUUGAUCUCUUAAAAGUUUUUAUUGUUUCGAAUAGAGAUGCCUGUAGAGAACUGCUGCGCUGUUAAGGUGUAUAUGUAGCAUAUCCAUCCUUAAUGUCACUGUGUUGUUUACCUGAAUGCUAUGACUCAGGAUGCCACUCUGAUUCAUGAGGCACUUUACUGACUCACCUGCUGCGUAGAAACAUACAUGCUGCAUACUAAUCCAUGUUCUGAAAGUAGAAACGGAGAUGUUUUUCACCUGUUUAGAAUUAAUGUUGGUGGUUCCAAUUUCGGGCAGUCUGUAAUGUUCUGUGACAGUUUUUUUUAGUCCAAUGACAAGUUUCUUGGUUCACCAAAUACACUAUUCUGACCUGUGCCUGCUCUGUUGACAGAGUCCUAGUCAAGUCAUGUUGCCUUACAGUAGACGCCCUCCAGGGGGCAGUGUAGUAACGUGAGUACCAUGCCAACAACCUCAAUGAUCCUGCUUGAGCAUCCUGUCAAGCCCUCCACCUUCAUCCCACAUGUUUAUAAAGAGAUAGAUAAUGACUGUGUAUAAAUGCACGUUUGUAUGUCCAUAAAUGUUCCUCAGUAAUGUGAGGUACUGUAGAGCAGCCAUAGACAGUAAUGUUAACCAAACUUUACUCAUAUGCACAGAAAUGAAACUGGAGGCACCCACGUUUGUGGUUGUUGUAUUUUGUAGAUCACUGAUUAAUGAUUUUUGAAUUAAAAUACUAAUGUGAAAACACAA